AAGUGCAACAAUCUUCAAAGCAACUGCAACAAUCCACAAAGCAACUGCAACAAUCCUCAAAAGGAUCCCCAAUCUGCAUUUGAUUCCCCGUUGAAACGAACCUGUCGUGCGGUUGAACCGAAAUCCUGCGGUGUCGGUCAACUGAGGAAAGCAAACCGACCUCCGCUAAGAAAAUAUUGCUGGAUUUUUGUGCUCUUUUGGUCGAUGAUUUGCAGCGUCUCUGCCAACUCGCCGCCGAGGUUCGUGAUCGAAGAAGGCAAUGAAAUUGUCGUCAACCUGAGGGAGGGACCGAGCACUCCUGUGGGAUCCGUGAUCACGAAGUUGCAGGCGUCAGAUCCUGAUGGUGAUGAUCUGGUGUUCGGGUCGCAGGGCGAGGACGCUAAGGCGCUCCUGCACAUCGAGAAGACGGGACCAAACACCGCCACCGUCUCCCUCAAGACCCUCCUAGACCGCGAGCAACGUGGAGAGUACACGCUGGUGCUAACAGUAACGGACGGCAAGCUCGGCGACGACACGUACGUCACGCAGUCGCUGCUGUUGCUCGUAGAGGAUGUUAAUGAUAACGAGCCUGUCUUCCUGCCAUAUGAUUCAUCCAUACUCGUGGAGGAAAACUCGGCCCCCAGGGUGCUGGCCUCCCUCAGGGCCAUGGACAGCGACGAGGGUCCUUAUGGACAGGUGGUAUACGCGCUGUCGGGUGACCAGGGAGACGAGCGAGUGUUCAGUGUUAAUACUGUCGGCAGUAAAGCUGUGCUGAAGCUCACUGGAACACUCGACUACGAGACUAAAAAUAUCUACCAGCUUAAGUACCUAUAUGCCUGUGGCGUCCUGCAAGGUAACGUCACCAGGAUACCUGAGGACAUCCCUGUCAACGCCGGCGUCCUGCAAGUGAAGGCCGUGGACGGCGACAGGGGCGUGGACAACCGCAUCAGGUACAGCCUGCUGGACGGCGGCGACGGUUUCUUCGGCCUGGACGCGGACUCCGGCGUCCUGUACGUCGCCCAGCCGCUGGACAGGGAGCGGGACGGCGCUACUGGCGAGGCUUUCUUCAUACGCAUACGCGGUGUUAACGGGACGUUCCGGCUGGAGGUGGAGGGGGCGGGGGGCGUGUUCGACGUCACCCCCCACGAGGGCAUCAACCUCGCCUCGUUCCUCGUCAGGGUUCGCGACCCUGCCCUCCUCGACUACGAGCGUCUGCAGGUGGUGAACUUCACGCUUGUGGCUCGCGAGACCGUCCCCGACAGACCCAAGUCCUCCUCGUGUCUCGUGAGCGUCUACAUCAGGGACACCAAUGACAACGUCCCAAUCUUCGAGCGGGACAUGUAUGAGGCUGAGGAAGUGAGCAGUGUGGUGUCACCGGCACCCAGCAGCACGACUGAGGUCACCGUCGUGCUGACUGAUGUUAACGACCAGACGCCGCAGUUCCGAGCGUCACAUUACGUCGCCGAGGUCAGCGAGUCGUCGCAGUUCAACAUGCCCGUCAACUUCAUCGGCGACGCUAUACCUGAGGUCUACGACAACGAUCAGGUUUCACGGCUAUCCCUGGACGCUGUAACAGGAGCGUUACGUCUGAAGGAGGCCGCCGUGCUGGACAGGGAAGAAGUGAGCGACUUUUUCGUUACCGUGGAGGUGCGGGAUGACAAUGGACACGGUAACAGGAACACCGUGGGCGUUCACGUGAUCAUCGUGGACGUGAACGACAACGCGCCGGUGUUCAGCGAGCGCGGCUACGAGGCAAAAAUUGACGAAAACUCGCCGGACUUUUCAGUGCCGCUCGUAGUCGUGGCGCGCGACGCUGAUGCUAAUGGUACGGUGAACCACGAGGUUCGCUACAGCCUGGUGGGUGGCGACCCUCAGCAGAACUUCACUCUGGACGCCGUGAGGGGAGAGCUGCGACCCUCAGGUCCCCUCGACUACGAGAGGCUCAAACCUGAGGGAUCUCUUCGCUUCUUCAACCUCACCGUCAAGGCAACAGACCUGGGUACGCCGCCGCUGUCGAGCCUGUGUCAGGUCGUCGUGUACGUCGGCGACGUGAACGACCACAGCCCUGAGUUCGGCGAGGACGCUUACUACAUGGCGGUGCACGAGGACACUCCUGGUGGCACCACCGUCAUACAUGUUCACGCUCAUGACGGUGACGGCAGUGCGCUGUACAGCAAGGUUGUGUACAGACUCCAGCACGGCGCAGAGGACAAGUUUGUGAUAGACGCGGAGACCGGAGCGAUUCUGGUGGCCCGUGGGGCGGUUCUAGACCCCGACAGAACCCAGCCGCGCACCACUGAGUACCUGCUGGAGGUGGUGGCUCUCGAUGGCGGUAUCGGGGAAGCCCAGAGACAAACCGUUACUUUUGUGAACAUCUCCAUCGUCGACGUCAACAAUAAGCCUCCUGUUUUUAUUGAUCCCGGCACAGUACGGGUACGUGAGAGCGUCACGCCAGGCAACUUCAUCGCGAAGGUGGCGGCGUUUGAUGUCGACGACGACGCUGAACUGCGCUACGCCCUCGACACCGCUGGCUCUGAGGCGCGCAAUGAAGAGGGGGCCGUCGUCAAGCCGAGUGAAUACAACUAUGCGGAGGCUUUUGAUAUUGGUGAGACAGACGGCGUGAUUCGUCUGGUGCGAGCCCUGGACCGGGAAAAGGUAGAGACCAUCCGACUGUUGGUGCUAUGCGAAGAUCUCAAUACUCAACAAGGCUCGAGAUCCACUUCAACGACCUUAACGAUCAUCGUUGAGGACACAAACGAUAACGAUCCGCAGUUCCGACGUCCUCUGUAUGGCCGAUCUGUAGCUGAGAACGCUAAGGUCGGAAUGACGAUCCUGACGGUUGUGGCCGAUGAUGUCGACAAAAACAGGACCAUCAUCUACAGCCUGGAGGGAGGCCAGAACGUGACAGGUCUGGUGCACCUGGACCCAGAGACUGGGGAGGUGGUCGUUAAGAGUCGCAUCGACCGCGAGGCUUUCCAGUGGCUGAACUUCAGCGUCGUGGCCGCUGACUCCGGCGUACCUCAGCGCACUCAGCACGUCGAUGUCUUCCUACAGAUCGUGGACGAGAACGACAACGUGCCGUACUUCGUGAACCCCCCCAGCAGGGUGGUGGUGAGCGAGGACGCCCCCCCAGGCACUGUCAUCCUCGAGCUCCUUGCUGCCGACGCCGACGAAGGCGACUAUAGCAGGAUAACCUACCUGCUGGAUCCCAAGUCUUCACAGGGCAUGUUCAAGAUGGACCCCGACAACGGGCAGCUGUCUGUCGCUCAGCCUCUCGACCGCGAGAAGAUAAAGCAGUACAACCUCAUCGCUGAGGCCUGGGACAACUACAAGUAUGGGGGAGCUGCCGGUGACAGCAGGAAGGUUUUCACGCAUAUCAUAGUGGACAUCGCGGAUAUCAACGACGAGGUGCCAGUGUUUGAUCCGCGCUCGGGCUGUUCUACGGUGACGGAGUUCCACGCUGCCGGCGACGCGGUCGCUGUCGUACGCGCCUCUGACGCUGAUGAUCCUGAGGGAGGGAACGGCAAGAUACGCUUCAGUAUCACCGGUGGCAACGAUAAAGGUCUAUUCGACAUCGAAACAAUUGACAUGAAUUCAGCCCGCAUCAUAACCCGGGCUCCGUUGGUUGGUCUGUACGGCAAUUACACGAUCAUGGUCGCCGCUACAGACCUGGGUGAUCCACCUAAUGAGAUGCUGCAGCCUGUGGAUGUUUGCGUAACGGAUUACAAUGACCAUCCACCAAGAUUCGUGUCACCGAACUCUAACCUCACCAUCAGAGUUCCUGAGAACGCCACAGUAGGGAGCUUGGUGAUCCAAGUGCGUGCGGUUGACGACGAUGUUGGUGCCAACGGCGCCGUGCGCUACCGCCUCCUGAAGGACUCGUCUGCCGUACACCGCACCUUCGGCGUCGACCAAAUGACGGGAGCCAUCACGCUGCUGCGCCCGCUGGACAGAGAGAUGCAGAAACUUUACGAGUUGCGUAUUGAGGCUCACGACCAAGGGCUACCCACACCCCUCAAAGGGGACCUCGAUCUCACGAUCUACGUACGCAACGUCAACGACAACAAACCACAAUUCCCUCAAGAUUUUGUCGUCGUCAACUUCACAGAGAAUACGUCGCCGGGGUCAGACAGCUUGCUGCUGCCGGACACGGUGGAUGUGGAUGACUUAGACUUGGAUGAACUGGACAACUCUGUUUGUUAUUAUAUCGUUGGGGGAGACUCGCUCAAAUCCUUCAGCCUGGAUAAGCUCACACAUGUUCUGCAGGCGGUAAAACCUCUGGACCGAGAGGAACUAGAACAACACGUACUGAUCGUACAGGCGAGUGAAGACUGCGUUAAAGAACCUCCUCAGGUCCCAGAAUUUGACGCUACGGACGACACGCUGCUGAAGGUGAUCGUCAACGUUAACGACGUCAACGACAACUCGCCUAAGUUCCUGAAAAAAGUGUUUACGGGCGGCAUAUCGACUGAGUCUGCUUUUGGCUUUGAAGUCCUCGAGUUGAUGGCUGAAGACCUUGACUAUGGUUCGAACGCAGCGCUGCGCUUCCAAAUGAUAGGGACAGUGCAGGCCACGGUGUCCGAAGGCUUAGACCACUUACGGCAACAGCCCUUCGUUGUAGACCCCAAGACUGGAAUUGUCAAACUUAAUUUCGACCCUCAGAGAGGCAUGAAGGGAUACUUUGAUUUUAAGGUUGGAGUAACAGAUGGGUCGGAGUGGCAGGACGAGGCGCGCGUCUUCGUGUACCUGCUACGGGAGGACCAGAGAGUCCGGUUCCUGCUCAGACUCGCUCCUGACGAGAUACGGUCUCGCAUCGAGUAUCUGCGCGAUUACCUGAGUAACGUAACGGGUGCGAUCGUCAACGUGGACGAGUACCGCGUUCAUGAGACCCAAGAUGGCGACGUGGACCAGACAAAAACUGAUCUUUAUUUGCACUUCGUCAACCCUGAGGACAACUCAGUGCUUGAGGUGCCUCAAGUUCUCUCCACCAUUGAUAAGAACGUCCACCGCCUCGAUCAUUUGUUCAAGGAGCUGAAUGUGCUGGACACGUCACAAGCCCACCUGGUGGGUGUGGCGGGAGUGGGUUUAUCCUCAGACGACAACCUGUUGAUGGUGUGGUUGGUGGGUGUGGUGGCGUUCCUUGCCCUCCUGCUGGUGGUGACGUUGUCGCUGUGCGUCGCGCAGAGGGCGCACUACGCUCGACAGCUCAAGGCAGCCACUGCCACUGCUUUCGGCUCGAACGAGUCUGUACUGAACCGCAACCCGACGGUGCCCAACACUAACCUUCACAGCGUCGAAGGCAGCAACCCGAUAUGGAUGAGCGGCGGCUUCGACAACGAGUGGUACAAGGAGGAAGAGUCCCUCAGGUACCAAGCUUUUACCCUCAUCACUACGACACGUACCGUAGCAACUUACAUCACACCUUCAAGAAGCUCACCAACCCGCUCAUGGAGAAGAAGCUUGAGACCACAGAACUUUGAUUUCUUUUCAUCGCAAGUCGUAGACCCUCAUCACUACGACACGUACCGAAGCAACUUACAUCACACCUUCAAAAAGCUCACCAACCCGCUCAUCGAGAAGAAGCUCGAGACCACAGAACUUUGAUUUCUUU